AUGGAAGAAGACAGUAGGUUGGAGGAGUAAAAAAGGGAGUAAACAUUCAUGGAAAAGAUGCAUGAUUUAGGCACUAACUUUUUGUUCAAUGUGUCAAGUUGGUCAUUUAAGUCUUCCGCUCCAUUUAAAAAGGAAGACACUGUUUACAUGCAAGGCAGAAAUAUGAAUGAAAAUAAAGAAACAUAUGAAAAAAAUUAUAAAGAAGUACUCGAAAAUUUUUAUAAUAUUAUUUGGAUAACCUACAGGAAGAAUUUUCCAGCCUUGUUGAACAUGAUUGAUAAAGCAAAUCUCAAAAAUUAAAAAAUGAGCGAAUACAUUAGCGAUACUGGUUGGGGCUGCAUGGUUCGUGUUGGAUAAAUGGCUUUUGCAGAGGGUUUAAGACGCCACUUAGUAGAAAAUAAAAAACUUGUAGUAAAAAAGAAAGAAGAUUUGAGAGUUAUUAUAGAAGGAUUUUUAGAUGAUGAUUAAAAAUGCAUAGAUUUUGCACCAUAUUCUAUUUAAAAAAUAUCUAAAAUUGCCCUAAGCGAUUUCAACCUGUUACCUGGUGAAUGGUAUACUCCAAUAAGAAUAUGUUAUAUAUUAGGUUUGCUGCACAAUGAAAGAAAGGCCAUUAAAGGCACUGAAGACCUUAAAGUAGCUGUUUUUUCUAGCUCUAGGCCUAUUGUGUUUUAAGAUUUCCUUGAAAGAAUGUGUAAAGUUGAUCCUUAGAGAGGAAAGCAUGCAUAAAUUUGUCCAAACUAGUGUAGAAUAAUCAAGUAGGAUUAAAAGUCAAAAGUAGACCAUGACCAUCAUAAAGACAUAAAACUUGAAAAACAAAACUCAAAUUCAGAAAUUUUAGUUGUUUCAGAAGAAACUCCAAAAUUGAGAUUAGUAUGCCCUAUCCAUCAUGAACUGUAGUACUCAAUGAUAGUUUAUAUUGUUUGUUUGAUUGGACUAGAUACUCCAUAGCCUGAAUAUCUUGAAUUAGCUAAAAAAAUGAUGGACUUUAAAUAUUCACUAGGUUUGAUUGGUGGAAAACCAAAAAAAGCACUUUAUUUUGUCGGAAGAAUAGAAGAUGAAUUUAUAUAUUUAGAUCCUCAUUAUGUUUAGGAGUUUUCGAAUGAAAAGAAUUUCUAAAGCUCUUCUUAACUUGAGACAUAUUUCUGCAAAAAGUUUUAAACUUAUCCAUCAAAGAAUAUCGACAGUUCUUUUUCUUUGAUGUAUUACUUAAAAGAUCUUGAACAACUAGAAGAAUUUUACUAAUUCAUGAUGGGAUUAAAAAGAGAUUAUAACGAACAUUUCUUUAUGAUGAUGGAAGAUACAGAGCCUUCAUUCUGUUUGGGAGAUGGAAAAGAAUCGAGCAACCUAAUUAGUGAUAAGAAUUUGAAUAUAUUGGCAGAUAACCAAAAUAAGAAGAGAUAAAAAGAAUAAAUGUAAUAAGCCAACUAAAACUUCGAAGAAGUUGACGAUAUAGAUGAAAAUGGAAACAACAUAAAAAAUAGCAAAUACGAUCAUAAGAACAAAAAAGAUAAAGUUGAAGAUGAUGGCGAUGACGAAUAUGAAGUGAUAUGA